UAGUGAACAGACAAUCUUUCGGCUCGUUUGGCAAAUCUUAUUGAUGACUUCUCAGAUGACGAUAAACUUUAUAGCAAAGAAUUAAUUCAUAAACGCAAUUUUUCUCGAACCUUUAUUUUCGAAAUCUUUUGUCAAGCCCAAUGGAUCAGUGUUAGUACAGGUACUCAAACGUCUAUGCCUCGUCUGCCUGAUGAUGUUAGGAGCUAUCUUCUCUCAGAAAAAAAUCAAAAAGAUUCAUUUACAUACACUUUUAGGGUUUGGAAAAUGCAUUCGUCCAUAUGGAUUCGGAAUGCUUUGAUCAAUCAAAUAGAGAGAGAAGGAAUUGAAAGAGAAUCUGAAGAAAACAUUGAUGCAAAAUCUUUGCAAUUGAUCAAAAUGAUGGAAACAGAUGAAAGUGCAAUUGAGGGAAGCACGCAGUUACUUAGAACAAAUCUUUUCUUAUCGGAAAUUGGGAAUAAUUUGCAUGAUUUCAUUGCUGGAAGAAUGUAUCAUGCCAAACUUGCCGCUCGUUAUUCAUCUUAUAUCUUACGCAAUAUGAUUGCAUCACGCAGUUUACAAAGCAAAAAAAUCAAUGCAAAUUUAAGUUCGGUUGCCCUCAAUGCAGUUUAUGGUUUAGUGAAUGAUUUACCAAAGAUCAUUGCAUUACAACGUUCUCAUUAUCAAUUUCCUGCUGUAAAUCAUUUCACCGGAAAGAUGUUCGAAACUGCGAUGCAAACUACGCUUAGUACAAUUAAUCGAUUAGAUGUAGUUCAAAAUGAACCGCGAUUAGUAGAACAAGUCUGCUCAUUAUUAUACAUUAUUCCAAAAUCUUGCACAUUGAUGAAUCAAUGCGGUCUAACAGGACCUUUUGGAUUUGCAUUACAAUCAACUUUCACGCCCGUUUCGGUCAAGAGACCGAUUAAAAUGAUCAACGACGGUUUAUAUUCUGAUACAAACUUUUUGAAUGAUUCCUUAACACUUUCUGAUAGAAGAACGCACGAAAAAAACUUGCAACUACAAAAUUGA